GAAGAGCCGCAGAGAGCGCCGGGAGCUAAGGGGCGGCGGCGACCGGAAGCGCAGUGCAAGCCCCCAUGGCCGGGGUUCGGGUGCCCCUCUGGGGCAUCUGCAUGCUGCGAGUGGCGCUGGCUACCGUCUAUUUCCAAGAGGAAUUUCUAGACGGAGAGCAUUGGAGAAACCGAUGGGUGCAGUCCACCAAUGACUCCCGAUUUGGGCAUUUUAGACUUUCGUCGGGGAAGUUUUAUGGUCAUAAAGAGAAAGAUAAAGAUGAAGACUUUAAGGCAAAGGUUGAUGGCUUCACACACCUCUACACUCUAAUUUUAAGACCAGAUCUUUCUUACGACGUGAAAAUUGAUGGUCAGUCAAUUGAAUCCGGCAGCAUAGAGUACGACUGGAACUUAACAUCACUGAAGAAGGAAACAUCCCCGGCAGAAUCGAAGGAUUGGGAGCAGACUAAAGACAACAAAGCCCAGGACUGGGAGAAGCAUUUUCUGGACGCCAGUGCCAGCAAGCAGAGCGACUGGAAUGGUGAACUGGAUGGGGACUGGCCGGCGUCGAUGCUCCAGAAGCCCCCGUACCAGGAUGGCCUGAAACCAGAAGGUAUUGAUAAAGACAUCUGGCUCCACCAUAAAAUGAAGAAUACCAACUAUUUGACACAGUAUGACCUCUCGGAAUUUGAGAACAUUGGUGCCAUCGGCCUGGAGCUUUGGCAGGUGAGAUCUGGAACUAUUUUCGAUAACUUUCUGAUCACAGAUGAUGAAGAGUAUGCAGAUAAUUUUGGCAAGGCCACCUGGGGCGAAACCAAGGGUCCAGAAAGGGAGAUGGAUGCCAUACAGGCCAAGGAGGAAAUGAAGAAGGCCCGCGAGGAAGAGGAGGAAGAGCUGCUGUCGGCAAAAAUGAACGGGCGCGAACAUUACUUCAAUCGAUUUCACAGAAGGAAUGAACUUUAGUCAUCCCCAUUGGCUAUAAGGAUGACUGGUAAAACCUCAUUGCUACUUUAAUCUAUGUUUCAAACUCAAAUGUCUACAUGGCACUUUGUCCAAUUUUCUUUGAAAAGUGUUUCACGCUUCUUGGUGGGGUUGGUUGCAUCUCCCCGGUGAUGCAGUUGCACUGAGAAGUUUCCUCUUGACAAUUCUACACGCUAAAAACCAGAGGCCAGCAAGGGUCUGGCCAAAAC